AUGGUGAUAACGGAAGAUGUUGCGCUGCGGAGCUUUAGCGCGGAGCUGCCCUCUUCCAAGAUUUGGCCAGGCGUAAUCCUGCUGGGGGAGCUGAACCAGCUGCUUUGGCAGGACGAUACCUACGGCGGCAGGAUUCUUUCUGAGAUCUCUGCUCAACCGCGGCCGAAGCCGCCAAUGCAGCCGGCUUACCAGGGAGCGAUGCUGCAAGCCGCGCUGGUCUGCAAGGUAGCUUCCUUUCGGCACGACAAUGUGGACAGGGGGCAUCGCAAUGACGGCUUCCCCAUGCUCAGACAUGAGCUUCACGAAGCCUUGUCGGUGAUGGCAAAGGCCCUGCGUCUGAUCAGGGCAGGUCACGGUGCUGGCAAUCUGGCCAUUGCGGAUCAGGCGGCGCAGACGACAAGGACGGAAGGCUCUAUCCGUCGUUUGCGAGAGCUGCUGAACCAGAUCUACUGA